UCCCUUGAAAGAUUAAUUCGAUAACCCAAAUUCGUUCAAAAACACCAGUACCUCCAACCCAUUUUGAGUUUAAUCGAGGUGUGGUUAAUUUUAAUCCCGCCUCACUUUUAAAGGGUGUAAACCGACGGGAACUACAUGAGUCACAAAACCAGGAAAAGAAGUGUUUCCUUUGACCACCCUUGAGUCGUGAAAAGCUGUUUGUUACUUCAAGAGCAAUGGCAGAAUUUGUUAAAGCGCAAAUUAAGGGCGACAAAGUAGUUGUGUUUUUGAAGCCGUCCUGUCCUUACUGCGUCCUCGCCAAGAAUGUUUUAUCAAAGUAUAAAUUCAAAAGUGGACACUUGGAGUGGAUUGACAUUAGCGGACGCAGUGACGUGGGCAGCAUACAAGACUAUCUGCAACAGAUUACAGGCGCUCGCACCGUUCCUCGCGUCUUCGUAGGGGAACAGUGUAUUGGAGGAGGAAGUGAUGUUGAGGGUCUGGACAGUUCUGGAAAGCUGAAAGGCAUGUUGCAGGCAAUUGGAUCUCUGGAGUAAAGGGCGUCCAGAAGGGGUCACAUGAUGCUGCAGCGAGACUUGCGGAUCUGACGUCUGCGUUGCUGGUACUCACUGAGCUCCUGCAGAUAACCUCUGGAGGGCCAGCGCAGUCGUUCCACCUGCUCACGCUCCUCAUCUGUCAAA